UUCAGGCCCGCUGAACAGGCCCCAUGACUUUUGUAUAGAAACAACAGCCCCUUUCACCAUGCAAAUGAUCUGAAAACCUUUUUUGUGAGAGAGUGGGUGUGUGUACAUGUGUAUGUGUGUGUGUGUAAUGAAAACACUGACCUGCAGUCUAUAUAAUAGAAGUUCCUCUAGUCUGUUUCACCCUCACAGCAAAAGUUAUCCAUGAUGGAAUAGAAAGAAUGACACGAUUACAUGUGACUUCCAGUGACCUAACAGCCAACGGUGAGAUGAGCUUGCAGACUGGAUGCAACCAACAAGAUUCUUCAGAUGAGAUGGCAAAAGUGUGUUGCUCUUUUAGGCGAUGUACAAUACUUCUGUGUAUUUUCGGUCUUGUUGUGGGAGCAGCUGCUGGAAUCUGGCUUCUAGUCCACAGUGUUAUUAAAUCCAUUACACACAAAGGAUCUGCAGUGGGUGAUGAAACAGAGAAGUUGGCCUCCUGUAAUUUUACUGAAAAUGACAUCACUACCAUGGUUCCAAAAAAAGUUUCUUUCAGAAUAAGCACAGUCGAUUUCUUGCUGGAAGUGAAGAUGGAACCCAGACCAAUGUGGCUUCUAGUUUGUCAUGAAGGAUGGGACUCUUCCUUGGGUACAGAUAUUUGCAGGCAUCUUGGAUAUGUAAGGUUAGCAAAUCAUAAAGGAGUAAACCUAACAGAUGUUGGGACAAACUAUACUCAUGGAUUUGCUCAGAUUAUUUAUGAGCAGAAGAAGAAACUUGAAGAGAUUUGGCAGUUCAGGUACAGCUGUACAUCUGGCAAAGUGGUAGCUCUAAAAUGUUAUGAGUGUGGGACUCGGGCAAAAGUUUCCAGAAUUAUUGGUGGCAACAGCUCUGUACUUGGUCAGUGGCCAUGGCAGGUCAGUCUCUAUCAUGCUGGGAAACACGUAUGCGGUGGAUCAAUUAUCACUGAUCAGUGGAUUGUCACAGCAGCACAUUGUGUCCUCAAUUACAGGUUACCUCCAUCAUCCACAUGGCUUGUCUAUGCAGGAAUUGCAACUCUUUCAUCAGCUGAAAGAAGCUCUGGAUACACUGUAACAAAAGUUGUAUACCACCACAGUUAUGAUGAUCGAAGCCACGAUUAUGACAUUGCACUGAUAAAACUCCUUUUUCCAUUAAACUUUACAGGUAAGUCUACCAUCAGACCAGUUUGUUUACCAAGACACAAUCAUGCCUUUCCCGCAGGAACACAUUGCUGGAUCUCAGGAUGGGGGUACACGAAACCCGAUGGCUAUAACACACCUGACAUGCUAAGGGAAGCUGUAGUGCCUCUGAUCAACAGCAAAAAAUGUAACAGUUCCUGCAUGUACAAUGGAGAAAUCACACCUAGGAUGCUCUGCGCUGGAUAUCCUGAAGGAAGGAUAGAUGCCUGUCAGGGUGACAGCGGUGGUCCACUGGUGUGCCAAGAAGAAAAUGCCUGGCGUUUAGUUGGUAUAGUAAGCUGGGGUACCGGGUGUGCUGAACCCAAUUACCCAGGAGUCUACACAAAGGUGACAGCAUUUCUGGAAUGGAUUUAUUUAAUCACUGAGGUUGCAUCUGAAAACAGUCCUUGGACCAGUCCACCAUUUCUGAUCAAUAAAUAAAUAAAUGCAAUACAAU